AAUACUUACAUCACUACAUACUGAAUACUGAACACGGAUAUAUAACAUAAAACAGAAAACACAAUACAGAACACAUUACGCAGUAGACAUAUAAAUAUAUAAAUACGUCGUAUAUUCUUUACAGUGCGUCACUUUAGUUCACGGUUAACAAAAAUUACCAAUCAGUUUUGAAAGUACGUCUACUUCCAACGCUUUAACAAUGUCAAGUCCAGAUGAAUGCAAAUUAAAAGCUGGACAUCCACCAGCAGUGAAAGCUGGCGGCAUGAGAAUAACUCAGCAUAAAACACCACGAGAAGAACGUGAGGCUAAACCCAGCAAAGAUUCCAUUGAAAGUAAACCAUCAAGCAGCCCUCCUAAAACAAUAAUGAUAAGUGGUGCUCCUUCAAGAGGUAACGCCGAUUUUCCUCCAGAAGCUGUUCAGCAUUUUCAUGAAAAACCAACUUCAUCUCAUGAUUCCAGACCAGCUCAUUCUACUAGACCCAUUGUUAUUCAACAGCCCAGGAAGUAAAUUAUAUUGAAUAUAUAUAAAUUUAUCUCUUAAGUUUUGUUAAAACUUAUACACUUUAAAACAGGUUGAUAAAAAAAUACUUAAAUGCAUUUUAUAAUGUUAUUUGUUAAAAAGUGUCAUAUUACAUUAUAAUAAUGUGUGAUACUAAAAUUAUAAUUACUCUUAAAUGUUACUACGAUUGAUAUUUUUCAUUUUGUAAAAAAUUAUUUAUAUGAGUAUAAUUAUAUUUUAUGUAUUUUAUUA